AUGUCCAAAAUUCGACCAAAAAGAAGCAUCGCACCUCCUCCAUCUGAUUUUUAUGAGAGUUCACGAUUUCAUAGUGAUGGCUACAUCAAAGUAUUGGAAAUUUUAUCACACGUUGUGAUUGAAAGAAAUCAUACAUCUAAGGAAAUAAAGAUAAAAAAGAUAAAGCAACAGAAACUCAAACCGGUAGUGAAUGAAUCUGUUUACAAGCUGAAAAAUAAGAAGAGUAAAACUAACUUUAUAUCAAAAGAUGACCCUAGUAAAGGAUCCAUGAUUCGUAAAAGAGAUAAACUAUGCGAGUGGUUCAAACGAUUUUUACCAAAGGAAGGAAUUGAGAUUGUUUCCCAUGAAAAACAACAGGGUAGUAAUAAUGAGAAUUUUUUGCCCUCAAAUGUCCUUGUUGGAUGUUCAAGGGAAUUAAUUAAACCUGGUUCAUGUCAAACAUUGGAAGACACGAAUUUAUUUCCUUACAAAGAAAAUCUAGAUGAAAGAGCUGAUAAAAUAUCUAGUUGUCCUGAAAAAAACAGCCUCAACGAGUUAGUUUUUGAAGUAGAAGAGGAAAGUAACUCCCACUAUUUCUUCCUCACGGACACUAAAAGAAGAGCUUUGAAGGCGCAGAAAAAAACAUAUACCUCUACUUUUCUUGUUGGUCAACAGCAUCGAGCAAUUUUUUGA